ACGUAGUCAACACUGUCAACACAAAAAAUAAAAUUAUAACCUAGAAUGAUACACUCGUCUGUUUAUAUGUAAAUAAUAAUGUUUUACGAAGCAUUUCUGGCCGGUAUAUGGGCAUCCGUUGGAAGUACCCUUGGAAAAUUAUCUGGUACCCCAAGCGUCGUAGGCGACAGUUACCUCAUAUGGAUAUGUUUGCUCGCGUCAAUGGUGUUAGUGAAUACGUGGGGCGUCAGACACUACUUGCGAUCUCUUGACGCGGCCUCCAACUCUGCAGCACCCACUGUCAUUUCGGCAGCCUCCAGUUAUGUCAUUUCUGGUGUUAUAGGUAUUGUGCUGUUCAAGGAAAGCUCGACAGUGCGGUGGUGGGCAGGUGCCAUGCUGAUUAUUUUAGGACUAGCCUUAGUAGCACAACCGAGAACCAAGCUAAAAGCGACCUAAGUAGUAAAAUGUAAAGUAGAUAUUUAUGAAUUUCCUGACAUUAUUUAAUAUAGCGAACUGAUAAAGUUGAAGAUGCUAAAAAAAAAUGAUUUUGAAAAGUAAGGACGGUAGGUACUGAACUUGACUUUUUCAGUGCCUCCCUUUCUCGUAAAAACAAUAAAGAUUCCAAUAAAAACGAUAAAUAAAUAGUAAUAAAUUAAGUCCAGAGUAUUAACAAGAUUUUGAUGUAACAUCAAAGAACUAAGUUUAUUUUAAGGUUUUUGUUAAAAAGUAUUUAUUCUACAGAAUUUCCUUUUGUGAAGUUUUUAAGAAUUUCCUUAAUCUUCGUAAAUGUAUUGAAAAUCAUUUUGUGAUGAAACAUUAUGAUGUUUUUUUUACUAACAUAUUGUGCUGUGUGUGUUGGUUUCCAAGAAUCCAUUUUGUGAAUAGGUUUAUUAUGUUAAGAACAUGUAAGGAAAUGUGAUAAUAUAAUUCUGUUAUUUAUUUUGAGUGAUUAAAAAGAAUUUUAAUCAAUUGAGAAAAA